GAUAUGCAUUAUUCUGCCUAACAAAAGUAGAGAUGAUGGCCGUGCUUCUGCCCUGUUCUACUCUUGUGGGGGUCUGGUGUCCUUAACUUACUUAACUAAUAGCUUUCAUGGUUACUGGACUGGAGUAGGGUUUGUACAAGAACACAUGUUUUGAGUGAGCACCAGAGAAGAAGAGUAGUACUUCCAGAAGCACUAAAGUAGCUAAAACUAGAUACACCUUAACCACAUACACAUGUAUGCAUCAAUACCAGUACCAGGGGCCACUGGCAGCACCUCUGAGGUUGUAAUAAGCAACACAAGUGCACCUCAAGGAACUGUACUGGCACCAUUACUUUUCAGUCUUCACACCACAGACUUUCACUUUAACUCAGGUUUCCGCCAUCUUCAGAGGUUUUACAGCGACUCCUCUGUUGUUGGAUGCCUCAACGAAGACAACAAGGAGGAAGACUGAUGGAGAGCUUCGUCACACGGUGCCAAAACAAUCACCUGAAGCUCAAUAUUAGCAAGACCAAAGAGCUGGUGGUGGACUACCAGAGGAACAGGAAGCCCCCUGCCAUAGUUAUCAUCCAAGCAGAGGAAGUGGAGAUAUAUUUCCACUUUAUAUAUUUCUGUUAUAUAUUAGUCUGAUGUGCUAUGCUUGCUGACUCUAAUCACGCCACUUUACACAUCUCAUACUUAUCUUUUACUUUUCUCUAUUUAUCUGUAUUUCUUUCUGUCUUUCUGUAGCUGCAACAAGCACAUUUCUCCUCUGGGGAUCAAGAAAGGCUUAUCUUAUUUUACUGCAGAACGUUUGUUACUUUUGGUUCUUCAAAUAUGUUUUAAUGACACUUAAAAAAACACUUAUAAACUUUUACAUUUGAAACCAUGUCUUUUACUUAUAAUGAAGUAUUUUUAGAUUGUUGCAUGGGUACUUUUACGUCGUUCUGAAGUAAUAAUGAGUAAUAAUUAGUACCAAGCAGAGUCAUUCAGAUAUAAUGGCAGCGGCAGUACCACUCCAACCCAACAGAGGGCGCUAAAGGCAGCGCGUAAGACCCUCUGCUAAUAUCUGAUUGGUCGAUUCGUGUGCUCCGCUGUCGGCGGUUUGUUUGGAAACGGUACUGCUGCCACCGUGCAAGCCAGACGGAGACAAGUAAUUAAUUGAACUCAAAAACUGUUUUCCAACACAGCAGCUCAGCUAAAUAUCGAUUAGUACUCGCGUAAUAAUGGACGACGCUACGAAACGCUUACUGCAGCGCCUCGUGAGACGGAUACCGACCCAGCUGCUGAGAACAACGCUGGACAAAUGGGGCCGUUUGACUGCGGCUCAGAGACAAUCCAUAGAUUUUACUCAACCUAAAUGGGCGUUGACGGAAAGGUUAUUGGCUGUGUGCGAGGAACACGAGUGGACAGUUAAACACAUCACAGAGCUGGAGAUGAUAUAUGUCAUUGACAAUCCGAACCAGGGCAUGUGGUAUGCCUUCCAGCUCUUGGACCCUGAAGAUGAUGCUUGCUCCGUAGAGCUGACGCAGUUCAAGGAGCAAUUUAAAUCUCACCUCAGUGAGCUUGUGAGACCUGUGUCUGUCAAAAUAAAGAAGCACACUGAUGAAGCUGUGUGGAUUCGGAUUGCAUGGGGAGACAGCUUCUCUCGGCCCAACCACCUGAAGCCAACAUAUGUUGUUCACCAUCUUCAAACCCCUUAUGUCUUUGUGACCAGCUUGACUUCGAAGCAAAAGCCCCUGUUAUCCCAGGCCUUGGUUCUGUCCACCAGAUAUCAAGCUAUCAAGGAUGCUAACCUCAGUGGACGGAAACUCACUGCCAUUAGGGACCUGCUGAUGAGGCAAUAUCAACAGGUGUUUCCCACUAACUGUCCCAGCCCUCUUGCAGAAAGGAAUCAAACAGUCUCAAGUGUACAGUGUAGUUGA